AUGACUUCCAUCGACGUCGAAAAUGCAAGCGACACACAGAGCAUGGACAGCACCAUGGAAUGGACACCAAGUCGGCAGGUCAAGCUUAUUGUCCUUGGCCAAAUCUUCGUUGUCUUCGCCAUAUCUCUAGACAUGACGAUCUUGACAGCGACACUACCGACCGUCGCUGAGGCGCUGCACACCAACUCGGUUAUGACCUUCUGGAUUGCGACCUCAUACCUCCUCGCAAAUGCAGUGGUCCAGCCUCUCAUGGCAGCCCUGGCGGAUGUCUUCGGUCUACGCAGUGUCAUCUUCACCGCGAUGGUGCUCUUCACCAUGGGUAGCAUUAUCUGCGCCGUCGCAGAUAAUGUAGGUGCAAUGCUCGCCGGUCGUGUUGUCCAAGGUGUUGGCGGUGGAGGAAUCCUCUCCCUCAACCUGAUCAUCAUCUCCGACCUCGUGCCUCUCCGAUCCCGAGGAAAGUACAUCAGCUUGCUGCAGUUCUGUGUGUCUAUCGGCUUCAACAUUGCCCCAAUUAUCGGCAGUCUGCUAGUGAAGCACACGACAUGGAGGUGGCUCUUCUACAUCAACCUGCCAUUCUGCGCGAUUGGGCUUGCCGUCAUCCCCUUUGUCCUGCGGUAUCAGCGCCCCGAGACCACUAUCAACGACAAGAUCUCGAGCAUAGACUGGACUGGAUCUAUCGUGUUCAUCAUCGGCAUCACCACAUUCCUGGUCGGCAUCACAUGGGGAGGAACGCAGUUCGCCUGGGAUAGUGCUGCAACGCUCGUGCCUAUCAUCCUUGGUCUCGCAGCCAUCUUCAUCACCGGCCUGUACGAGAAGUUCCUGGCGAAGCUGCUGUUCCUGCGGUUGUCUCUCUUCUCGACAUGGUCGGCCGUAGCAAUCUAUGCUUGCACCGUCCUCCAAGCUCUUACACUCUUCACGGAAGUGUACUUCCUGGUACUCUACCUGAUGACAGUCAAGAUGUACUCGCCCCUUCAGUCAGCGACCUACCUGCUCGCCUUCACCGUCUGUACUGUCCCCGUCAGCGGCAUUAUAGGACCAAUUAUCACGCGGACAGGACGCUUUCGGUGGGCUAUUUGGUCCGGCUGGGCGAUCACAACCCUUGCACUCGGUGUUCUGACCCUACUCGACGGACUACUGUUCAUCGCCCACUCGAUGGCUUCGCAAGCAGUAUGUCAGUCGAGCGACGCCGCCCAUGCCGCAAGCAUGUACAGUUUCAUGCGUAGCUUCGGGUUAUGCUUGGGAGUAGCACUGGGCGGUAUUAUCUUCAGCAACUUCUUGGCACACAAGCUUCUCGAGGCUGGCGUCGACCCGACCAUUGCGAAGCACGCCGAGAGCUAUAUCCCAGUACUAAGAGCCAUGGCCGACGACAACCCACUGAAGCACAACAUCAUAGAGGCUUGCGCUUAUGCUUUCCAGCGACUAUUUGCAGCUAUGUGCGGUCUCAGCGGACUUGGCCUGAUCAUUUCUUGCUUCAUUCGAGGUCAUACACUGGACCAGGAGUUGCGAGGUGGACAUGUCCUCAAGAUUGACGAAAGGACGAGGGAAGUCUGA